AAAUGGCUAAGUCAGUAGUAAUUCCUCGCAUGUCUCUCAUCUUCCUCCGCUCCAAAUCCAUCUCUUCAUUCUCUCAGUCAGGCACCAUCAUCUUUCCCUCAAUGCUCAAUUCCCUUUUGCUCAAAUCCCAUUCACUUCACUUUUUCUCUACAACUUCAACCCCAUACCCACUUCAAUACGAAAUGAUAAUCUCCCGCCCUGCUAACCCACCUUCACCAACCCUAAAAUCUCACCAACAACGCUUCCUUCCCAAUUCAAAACCUACUGAUUCCGAACCCGAACCCGGUUCAGAACUUGGGUUCGACGAUUGGGUCGACAGAAAAUUGAAUUCGAAAUCUUCUUCUCCACAAGCCGAACCGGAGCCUGAAGAACCCAAUUCGGGUAUUAUGAAAAUGGAUAAAGGGAAAAGGAAAUAUUACAAUAAGAGAAGGAAAAGAAUGUUUGGUGGGUCGGAUUCGGAGGAUGAGAAUAACAGGGACAAGGAUAAUGAGCUUGUUGAGUUGAAGCAGGAAGUUGUGGAGCUACCUACAUUGCACAAGAAGGAAGAAGAGUUGUACUUUUAUGACAAUUUUGCUUAUCCUUGGGAGAAGGAUAAGCAUUAUAAGAUGGUAUAUCAAUUGGAGAAGAAGUUUUUUCCCGAUCAGGGUUUUGAUAAGGCUUUUCUUGAUCCUGGGCAGUCGAAUGAGAAUGUAAAGAGGAGUAAAAAGAAAUUGGAGAAGAAGGAAAAUAUAAUAGAAAAAGAUAUGGAUGGUGGGGAUGGUAAAAGUUUGAUCUUUUUUGAAGAGGAAGAAAAAAGUGUCAGCUCUGAAACUAAGGAGGAAGCUAAAGUUGAUGUAUCGGAAAAGAAAGUGGAAGAGUUCUUCAAGUGUUUGAAGAAAGUUCCAAAUAAGGAAAAUGGUGUUGCCAGUGCCGAGCCAUUUCUAGCGACAAGGAGUACAGGGCUUCCUCCUAAAUGGGAUAGUCCGGGUGGGACGGUUGUAUUAGUGAACAAACCAAAAGGUUGGACUUCUUUUACUGUUUGUGGAAAGUUGCGCCGCCUAACAAAAGUGAAAAAGGUUGGCCAUGCUGGAACACUUGAUCCUAUGGCAACUGGCUUAUUGAUUGUAUGUGUUGGUAAAUCUACGAAGAUCGUUGAUAGCUAUCAGGGUAUGAUGAAGGGAUACAGUGGAAUCUUCCGUUUGGGAGAAGCCACCUCUACCUGGGAUGCAGAUUCCCCGGUAAUUCAACGAGAGCCAUGGGAGCAUAUCAAGGAUGAGGACAUAAAGAAAACGGCAGCAUCCUUUUUUGAAGAGAUAUGGCAAGUCCCUCCGAUGUUCUCAGCAAUCAAAGUUGGUGGUGAAAAGAUGUAUGAUAAAGCAAGAAGAGGAGAAAGCAUCGAACUUGCACCGAGAAGGAUUUCAAUUUUCGAAUUUGAUGUGAAGCGGAGUUUAGAUGACAGACAGAAUGUGAUUUUCCGAGUAAGAUGCUCAAAAGGUACCUAUGUCCGAUCACUUUGUGCAGACUUCGGGAAAGCUCUUGGCAGUUGUGCUCACUUGACAGCUCUGCGACGAGAUUCAAUUGGAGAGUAUACAGCGGAUGAUGCUUGGGAAUUUCAAGAAUUGGAAGAGGCAAUCACCAAAGGAUAUUUGUAAGAUUCUUUUUGAGAUUGCAUGGGCAGAGUUAUCCAGUACAUGUGCUGGUGAGAAGCUGCAGGUAUCAGCGGAAAAGUAGAUGCCCACAGGCUGGCCUGGACACCACCAUUACAGAAGAAACAGUUCUUGGAAAAUCCACAUUUUUGGUGGCAAUUGGAGAUCUAUACAUAUUUAUGUUCUGUCUAGCUACCUCAACAAAGAGUUAAUAGUAUUUUCACCUUCUCCACAUUACCUCUUUCCUUGGCCCCCAAUUUUGCUUCGUUUCUGGGCGAAAGUGGUGUUAGAACCUUUUAAUAGCAUAUAGAUUAGGAUGAGUUGUAAUAUAUCUUUAUUUUUCAAGAAAUGCUGGUAUCAAUUAGAUUUG